AUGAUUCAAUUCAUCAUUGUUGGUUUUCUACCAUAUUUACUUGGUGAGAUUGUGAAAAUUCCACUCCACCAAAUGGAAAGAUCCAAUUCAUUGCUUGCACAUUAUACGAGUUACUUUAGACCUUCGAAGAAAAUAUCCAUGUAUCAAUGGAAUGAGCAAAACACAUCUACACGAGAACAACUGAUUAAUUAUGAGAACUUUCAGUAUUAUGGUGAGAUAUCAGUGGGAACUCCACCUCAAAAGCUUCGAGUGCUGUUCAGUACAGGAUCAACUGACACAUGGUUCGCUUCGAGAAAGUGUUGGUUUCUUGAUAUAUUUUGUUGGAUGUUUCGGUUUUAUGAUAGCUCGAAAUCAUCGACUUAUGUAGCGGAUGGUUCCAGUUAUCAUGUCACUUAUCUGGAUAGUAAUUACUCUGGACUUUGGAGUGUGGACACUAUACGAAUAGGCUCGUUGGUGAUUCGGAAUCAAGCGUUUGCUGAAAUGAGGAAUAUAUUUAGUCUGGAUUACUUCACUAGCAAAUAUGAUGGAGUAAUUGGCAUGUCGAGUAGUCUGAUAUCGAAAUUUGGUAAAAUUCCGAUGUUCCCGAAUAUACUAGCAAAUGGUGUGAAUAUGGAUCCAAUAUUUUCAUUUUAUUUAAAUCAGGAAAACGGGGCUCCGAUCGGUGGUGAAAUGGUACUCGGUGGUGUUAAUCCUGAAUACAUUGAGGGAGAUUUCGAAUAUAUACCUAUCGUUCACAAGGAUAUGUGGGCAGUUGGAAUGUCAAGUUUGAAAAUAAAGGGUAUUGAAAUUUGCAAUGAAUGUACUGCUUAUAUUGACACUGGGACAUCAGUGAUUCUGGGUAGAAGAGAGCAAGUGGCAAGAAUCAACUCACUGCUCGGUGUUUCCUAUCAUGUUAUUGGAAGAAAUGCCCUUGACUGUAGUCGAAUUGACAUGUUGCCUCCGAUCGAGUUUAUCUUUCAGAAAAGGAAGUACAUAUUGCUGCCACAACAUUAUGUUGUUAAGGUGUACCUUUGGUUUGGAACAAUGUGCUCAUCACCUUUUGAGGCUGACGAUUCCUUACCAUCGAAUUUUUGGGUACUUGGUGACGUUUUUAUGAGAAGAUUCUAUACGGUAUUUGAUUUCGGUCAGAAACGUAUUGGAUUAACGCCUUCGAAGAAAAUAUCCAUGUAUCAAUGGAAUAAGCAAAACACAUCUACACGAGAACAACUGAUUAAUUUUCAAAACUUUCAGUAUUAUGGUGAGAUAUCAGUGGGAACUCCACCUCAAAAGCUUCGAGUGUUAUUCGAUACAGGAUCAAUUGACAUUUGGUUCGCAUCAAGGAAUUGUUGGUUUCUUGAUAUAUUUUGUUGGAUGUUUUCGUUUUACGAUAGCUCGAAAUCAUCGACUUAUGUAGCAGAUGGUUCCAGUUUUCAUGUCACUUAUCUGGAUAGUAAUUACUCUGGAUUUUGGAGUGUGGAUACUAUACGAAUAGGCUCGUUGGUGAUUCGGAAUCAAGCGUUCGCAGAAAUGAGGAAUAUAUUUAAUGGCGAUUACUACAAUUGUAAAUAUGAUGGAAUAGUUGGCAUGUCGAGUAUGAGGAUAUCAGAAUACGGAAACAUUCCAAUGUUCCCUAAUAUACUAGCAAAUGGUGUGAAUAUGGAUCCAAUAUUUUCAUUUUAUUUAAAUCGGGAAAGUGACUCAGGAAUCGGUGGUGAAUUGGUACUUGGCGGUUUCAAUCCCAAAUAUUUCAAGGGUGAUUUUGAAUAUAUACCUACUGUUCACAAUUAUAUGUGGGUGAUUCGAAUGUUAAGUUUAAGAAUAAAUGGGGUAGAAUUUUGCAACGUAUGUUCUGCUCUUAUUGAUACUGGAUCAUCUUUAAUUCUUGGACCACCUGAACAGGUGAGACGAAUCAAUUCUUUACUUGGUACUAAUGACUAUUUUGAAAGAAAAUCUCUUGACUGUGGUCGAAUUGAUAUGCUCCCAUCGAUCGAGUUCAUCUUUCAUAGGAAGAAGUAUAUUCUGAAGCCACGACACUAUAUAGUCAAGGAUGAUCCUUUAUUUAUAAAAAUUUGUAUGUCACCUUUUCAACCACAUUCUUGGUUACAUCCAAACACUUGGGUUCUUGGUGACGCAUUCAUGGGAAGAUUCUAUACUGUAUUCGAUUUCGGUCAGCGAAGAAUUGGACUGGCUGAUGCUGUGGGAGCAUAGAUAUUAUUUCAUUAACGAAAACAAAUGGUUGUAUGCAAUGAAAACAGAAAUAAAUAAACAAAUUGUGUUAUAUUCUAGUGAAGAUCGAAACAAAUAUAUUCCAGAUCUUCUCUCCAAAUGAAUUACUUUGCCUGUAAGUUUCCUAGGCUCUGGAAUAAUUUACCUCAAACUAACCGUAUGUUAAACUCUCUCCCACUGUUUGUUCACUCAAUUAAUGCAUAUUGCUC